CCCAAAUAGAAUGCUACCAAGAAUAUGGCAAACUACCUGCUAGGAUUCGGGGAAUCUUCUUUGGAUUGCUUGUUGUUUAAGAGCUGAGUAAGGAGGGAUUGUGCAUGAUGAACACUGCUGCCCUUCUCGUUGACGUCCUCUAUCUAACCACCGUGUAUUUCUCACUCAGCGUCCAUGGCAGCGGCAUCAUACGGAGGCUUCGACGUGGAAGAGCCAAAGGCCAGAUUCCGGAUGAACAAAGGCUAAUGAACAAAAUUUUGGAGGAUUAUAAUCCGGCCUCCCGGCCUGUUUACAACGCUUCCCACGAGGUUGUGAUAUAUUUUGGCUUAACUCUCACGCAAAUAGCCGAUAUGGACGAAGUAAACCAAGUUCUAACAACCAAUGUUUGGAUCGAACAGCAAUGGAUAGACGAGCGGCUGAAAUGGAAUCCGAAAGACUACAAUGGGUUGGAGAUUAUGCGCAUUCCCUGUGAUAAAAUCUGGCUUCCCGACAUUGUUCUGUACAACAGUGCCGACGAUUUCACAACAGGAUAUAUGCAGAGCAAGGCAAUGGUGGACUUCAAUGGCAGUGUAUUCUGGCCACCUCCCGCCAAAUUAAGGAGCUCCUGUAAAAUCGAUAUUACUUAUUUCCCGUUCGAUGACCAAAGUUGCAAAAUGAAGUUUGGUUCUUGGACAUACGACGGCUUCCAAGUGGAUGUGACAAACAGAUCGGCAGAAGUGGACUUAGCUAACUAUGUUUACAGCGGAGAGUGGGAGCUUAUCGACAUUAAAAUCAUUCGUCAUGAGGUUUACUACGCGUGUUGUGUCGAACCUUAUCCGGACGUGACAUUUACAAUAACCAUGCGCAGGCGUACUUUAUACUACCUGUUUAAUAUCAUUUUCCCAUGUUUGUGGUUGACAAUUCUCAGCUUGCUGGGAUUUUGGUUGCCCCCUGACUCAGGCGAGAAGAUUACGUUAGGCAUCACAGUACUGUUGGCAUUCUCCGUCUUCAUGUUACUUAUAGCCGAGAACAUGCCAGCUACGUCGGAGUUUGUACCACUUAUUGGAAUUUAUCUGACGGUUACGAUGGCCAUGACGUCGUUGUCCAUCAUACUUACGGUGUUUGUCCUGCAGCUGCACCACGUGAGUCCUCAUCAAAAGAGAGUUCCCAAAUGGCUGCGAGUGAUCAUGUUCGAAAUUAUCGCCCGACUAGUGUGCAUGCGCUCAAAUGUGAAGCAACUGCAGGGUCACGACUCCAGCGCACGCCAGGACGACAUUUGUCUCUCCACAUUUAUGGAGUCCAGGGACGAGAAAAACUGCAAUGGCAGUCUACGGCAUCAUCAGGGUACAGUGUCGCGUACUCGAUAUUUUGGUAAACACGGCCAGCGGGAAACAAAGGACAAAAUCACGAAUCACCUUAAAAUUUUAAUUUCCAAACAAGAUAGUGAAGAGGAGUACCAGGACGUGGUAAACCAGUGGCGUUUGGUGGCGCAAAUUAUGGAUCGCUUCCUCUUCUGGUUGUUUUUAAUCGGCUCCACUAUAUCAACUAUCAUCAUUCUUGUGUUUCUUCCCAUGGGAAAGCCUGUGAAACACGUGGAGUGAUGUAGCGGUGGUAAGCAUCGUGGUAAGCA